UGAAAACAGUGCUUGUGAUUAUCUUCCUUGUUUCAACACGUUGAAUCAAAGUAAUAGAAAUACUUCUUUUUUAAUAGAGAGAGGACGCAAAAGCGAUGUUACGAUAUGAAUAUUACUAUCCUAACACAAUAACACAAAAGGACGUAAUAGUACAGUAACAGAUUUUCUACUAUGAACUUCUUUUCCAGAGCCUGUUAUUGGGAUCACUAAGGGCGUUUACCAUGGCGGCAAAUUCUCGAAGGAGGGCUAUCAUUAUUGCUGUCGUUGCUGUGGUCUGUGUGGUUGUGUUAUUACAUCGACAUCAAAUGACAGAUUUUGAGCAGAGUGUUAAUUAUCCCUUGUCGCAAAAGAAAAUGUUCUUUACUUGGCCAGAUGAAAACCCAAUUCCGGAAACAACUGCCCUCCAGAAAAUGAGCAUUGAAGAAAUAUCAAACCUAUAUUUCAAAUAUGUGAACACGCUUCAGGUUUUCUGUCCAAGGAAAAAGGUUUACGGGGGAGUGAGGUCUGGUUGGUACACAUGUGACGUCAUCAGGAAAGGGACCUCCUGUGUGGCCUAUUUGAUAGCACAAUACAUCACCAAGAAUUUCUUUGAAGAACUCAAGCAAGACUACGGAUGCGAGGAAAACGUGAUCAGAAAAAGUGUAUUGGAUGCUGCAAAAAACACUCCUACGACAGAAGGCUAUUCUCAAUUCACAAAUCUACAAUUAAAGGGAGAUAUCGAUUAUAUGGCGAUCGACAUAGGUGGAGGCGAGACACAGCUACUUUCCUGGAUGCUUAAACAAGACCUACUAAGGAACGUGGACCAGUUACUGGUCAGCUUCCAUGGAAUUUCUGCCGACAGCAAUGAAACUGUCUAUAUAGAGCAUAUGCAGGUCCUGCAAGCCCUUUAUAAAGGAGGGUUCAGAACGUUCCACUUCGCCAGAAAUGUUCAAUGCCUCUUCAAACAAAGCUGGAGAAAAACUGGUUGCUAUUCUCUUUACAUGAUACGAAAUUUACCGAUCAAUAAUCCAAUCGAAGUUUAUGACCGAGAGACUAUCAAUACCAAACCGCUCAAGGAUUUAACUACUUUGUAUAAUAGCUUGUUGUUGUCAUCACAAAUUCAUUGUAAGGAAGUGAUCCGUAUCGGGAAGGUCGAUGACGGAGGAUGGGAUGUAUGUAAUGACUUGGAGUACAGACCGUCCUCCCCUUGUCUCGUCUACUCGUUCGGAGUGGCUGGAGACUGGUCCUUUGAUGACGAAGUGGCCAGGAUUUAUGGGUGUGAAGUUCAUUCUUUUGAUCCAAGUAUCGGGAAAAAUGACCAUCGGCGAUCGGAUAAAAUCACAUUUCACAAUCUUGGGCUGUGGGGAAAGCCGAAAGGAAAAAAAGGCAAAUGGAACAUGAUGAACAUGAAAGAGAUAAUCGAAAUGCUAGGACACACAGAAAAAAUCAUUGAUAUUAUGAAAAUGGACAUUGAAUGGUCGGAGUGGGAAGCAAUUCCGGAUAUGCUUGCGUCUGGAGUGCUGAAAAAUGUUCGACAACUCGAUUUUGAAUUCCAUGGUGGCCCUAAUUUCAAAGAAGAAUUACGAUCAAGAUUGAUAUCUCUACGAGGCAUUAAUGAACAAGGAUUCCGACUGUUUUGGUCACAUCCGAAUAUAAUGGGAGGCAACCCCACAAAGUCCUCACUCACAGGGAGAGAAUUAUCAGCUUGUAAUGAAAACUACUAUCUAAAUAUAAACCUUAGAAAAUGAGAGGCUUUUAAUUUGUAUACAACAUUGUACACUUAUCCUGAUUUAUUACCCCUAUUCCAUGUAAUUAAAAAUAUACAUUAAGUCAUUAAAGGUUUUAUUUAACUAUAGCUGUAACGGUAAAUGUUUUAGGAUCAGUUGAUUAAUAUUUACGAUCGUGAGGUCGUAGUAUUUGUGGAAUAUAAUACAUUUUGGAGGGAAAUUUCGGGAAAAGUUCAAUGGAUGCGUUCCCUUGUACCUUUUGAGAAACAUGGAACACUUUAAUUUCUAAGCUUGUUUGAAUUUAUUUGUCGAAUGUCCUUUUUUUUCUUUUUUUUUUUUUUUUAACUGGCAUGGAUAUUUUCUUCGAAUUCAAUGAAUUGCAAUGAUUUAUUUGUUACUUUCGGAAUGAUAGCUUGUUAAUAUCAUUUUGUAAUAGCUUAGCUUAUUUCAAUUCCUCUUUUCUGCAACCAGAAGUUGCCAAAACAACACUAUGGUUUUACUUCUCCGGCGGCGACAGCGUCGUCUUCGUGAUCGCAGUCAACAUUUACUUCAAAGUUUUGCAUUUAGAUAAGUCCAACUUUUAACAAUCUUGGUUAGUUGUUAGAUCACAUAGCAGACUUCUCAACGCACAUUUUAUUGUUCAUUCUGAAAAUUAUGGAUGCUGGAAAUCUUGACUUUAAGAUCUUUUCCCUAAAGUUUUAUUUCAACUAAACAUAGAAUAAAGUUGCAUUGUAGUAUGGACAUCAAAACACACCCUUUAUGAAUUUUUUUAAAACCUUAGAUUUCGAAAAAAUGAUGUAAGAACUUAACUGCUUUCCAAUUGACUAACACAAUAGUUUAUAGUUAAACUGGAACAGGUGUCGCAUAUAUAUUUUCUUCUCACUUCUCUGAAACAAUAACUUUACUAUUUUUGUUUGCAUCAAUAUUUACACGUCUUUAACAUAUAUAACUUGUAUAAAACAUAUUUGAUUGACGUGAUGAUUUCAACUUGUAGUGAAAUUCAUCUGUAAUACUUAUCCUGCUGUUAGGUAUGGUUAAGUGUUCUUCUCUGUAUAUUAAGUACAUACUUACCAUAAUGAUGAUAAGUAGAGAGUUUUGAUAGACGGUUUAAAUAUACAAUGUUGGGCGUGAUGAUGAACUACUGCCAGGACGAAUAAGGUAGUUGUUCUGUCUCAAGACCAACCGAAGUCUAUAAACUGGAACUUGUUAGCAACAUAGACUGAAUAGUCCGAUAUGAAAUAACCUGGUGUGUUACACUGCAUUGCUCUAUCAUGUACGUUUCAGUAUGACAGCACUAUAAUAGCGUCCUUCAGUGACGUCAUCAGUCAUUUACAUCAUCUUCAUAUGAUGUAGCUCUUGAGUGGAAAAAAAAUUAUUUCGUCGGAUCAUGGGGUGGCUUUGUCAUGUAGAUAAGUUUAGUAUUGUUUAAUGAUAUGCAAGUCGUAUUUCAUAUACAUGUUUAGUCGAGUCUCGUUAUUUCAAAAUCAAUGGUGUGAACAAAUCUUCAUGAUAUUCAGUGUAUUGAAGGUAACCGAGUAUUUUUAUAGAAAUUGUUUACCGUCUGAACUGAAUUUUUACCUCCAGUCUUACUCUUCGAAAUACCAUUGUUCAAGAAAACGGGGUUUGACUAUACAUAUCGAGACACAUAUUAUGAAGUGACGAUACUGUGGGAAGCGAUGUCAAGGACGUCUGCCAUCUUGAAUCAGUUGCUAUGCAGCGGAUUAAAAUGGCGGCCUUCAUAGUAACCCCCUAAACCUAUAGCCUCUUGUAUCGGAUUUCAGCACGUGUUAUCGUGUGUGUGUGUGUGUGAGUUGCGUAAUAAACGGAUUGCAUCAUUUCAAUAUUCACAUUUCUAAACAUUGUAUUUAUAGCCAAAUAAAUGAAUUACAUUUUCACAAGAA